AAGGUUUUUCGCCAAGCAAGAGCAAAUACUCCAGCAAUAAUAUUCCUAGAUGAGAUUGAUUCUAUCCUGGGAUCUCGGUCACUCUGCAGAACUGGCCAUGGUGUCUCAGAGCGGGUUCUUUCUGUUCUUCUCAAUGAACUGGAUGGGGUUGGGCUGAAAGUUACAGAAAGAAGAGGAGGCAAGCUACAGCUUGAGGCUCAGUGCCAAGAACAAAGUGAUGAGGAAAGAAAGCUAGAGUUUCAGGAAACUUUGAGCAAAGAUUUCAUGGUAGUUGCUGCAACAAAUAGACCAGAUAUGUUGGAUGAUGCCUUACUCCGUCCUGGAAGGCUGGACAAGAUGAUCUAUAUUCCACCACCAGAUCUGGAGGGAAGACUUUGCAUUUUGAAAAUCUGCACCGAAAAAAUUCCAUUGGAUACCAAUGUGUCAUUACAAGAUGUGGCAGUCCUAACAGACCUCUUCUCUGGAGCUGAUAUUGAAAAUCUGUGCAAGGAGGCUGCUUUGUUGGCAUUGCAAGAGAAUGGACUAGAAGCAACUGCUGUAAAACAGGAACAUUUUGUGAAAUCAUUGCAGACUGUAAAACCAUCUCUAAACAUAAAAGAAUUGGAAUUUUAUGAAAAAUUUUCUAAUCAAUAAUUAGCCUCUUGAAUCUAUAAAGGAGUGGCAUAAGUAUUUUUAAAUAUAUUACAAAGAUUUUGAAAACGUUCGCAUCUUUCCUUUUUAUAUGUUUUUUAAUACUGUACUUACUGUAGUUUUCAGGGAGUGUGAAAUACAGUAAAGUGUCACUUUCAGAAAGUUCUGUAAUUUAAGUAAUGAAUAAUAAAUUAAAAUCUUGUUUGCUUUGGGUA